AACUACCCCGGAAAUUUAGCCAUCUCUGUCGCGUAUCCGUUCUGUCAAAUUCUUUUCACGGCGUGUCAUGGUGGAGUGUUGAGAUAAGCAACCAACAUGCCACAAAACGAAUAUGUAGAACGCCAUCGGAAGCUCUACGGUCGCCGGUUGGAUUAUGAAGAACGCAAACGUAAAAAGGAAGCCCGUGAGCCCCACAAGAGAGCACAAGUAGCCCGAAGUCUAAGAGGUAUCAAAGCGAAGAUAUUCAACAAAGAACGCCGCAAUGAAAAAAUACAAAUGAAAAAGAAAAUCAAAGCACAUGAGGAAAAGAAGACCAAGAAAACCACAGAAAAAGUGGCUGAAGGAGCUAUUCCAACGUACCUCCUGGAUCGCGAUGUGCAGUCUCGAGCUAAAGUCCUUUCCAACAUGAUAAAACAAAAACGCAAAGAAAAGGCCGGAAAAUGGGAUGUUCCAAUUCCUAAAGUAAGGGCGCAAGCAGAUGCUGAAGUUUUAAAGGUUGUUAAAUCAGGAAAGUCAAAAAGGAAAGCAUGGAAAAGAAUGGUUACCAAAGUAACUUUCGUUGGUGAAGGAUUUACAAGAAAACCUCCAAAGUUUGAAAGGUUUAUCAGACCAAUGGCAUUGAGAUUUAAAAAAGCACAUGUCACACAUCCAGAGCUUAAGGCAACGUUUUACUUACCAAUCAUUGGAGUUAAGAAGAAUCCUAGUUCACCAAUGUUCACAAGUUUAGGUGUUAUAACUAAAGGCACAGUUAUCGAAAUUAAUAUUUCUGAAUUAGGUUUAGUAACACAAGCGGGUAAAGUUGUAUGGGGCAAAUAUGCGCAGGUCACAAAUAAUCCGGAAAAUGAUGGGUGUAUUAAUGCUGUUCUUCUAGUUUAAGUUUUGUAAUUAUAUGAAAUUAAACGUUUUAACAUAA